GCCAACCAAAACUAGCCCUGCGUUCAUGCAUGUUUUUGAUAUUAUCUUACAAAAAAACGAAUUAUAUAACUCUUUCCGGAACUGCUAAGCUAUCACUGUGACAAAGGUGCAUUUUGGUUUAUUUAAGUUGUAAAUUUAUACCGUAGUUUCCGUAAAAUUCUCACUUUUCAUCGAUAUGAGCGCAGACUAACUCCGUGCUAGCUUUUCACUUGUAAUCCGCAAAGUAACAACUAGGCAGCAGCUAGGUGGGCUAAUGUUGAGCUAUAAACAUUGCGUAAAGGCGCCUUUUGGAGAAUAUUCAGAUGGCUGUACGUUGGUUAUGCAGCCUGUUUGGGAAGCCCUUUGAUGGGGGGAAGCGGAUGGACCCAGGCAUGCCUCAGUCCCCUCCACAGACUCAGCCCCCUCCUCCGGGCUUCACUGUACCCGCCUUCAUGGUGCCCGGGUUCACAGUGCCCGGGUUCACUGUACCCGGGUUCACCGUCCAGCACCACCCGGCCCUGAUCCGACUGGGCGAAGUGCACAGGGAGGUGGCGACGCUCGGGCCUCACGUCUGCACCUUCAGUGGGCUCCAAAACGACAGAGAAUACAAGAGACUGGAGAGAGAGCUCGCCAAGCUACAGCUGGAGGUGGACCAGGUGGACACAGAGGGCCGUGCGGACCUGCAGGCUGCUCGUAAACGCGCUGCUCAGGAGGUGGAGGGUUUGCUCCGGUACAUGGAGGAAAACGCCACACACCCCUCCAGACUCGCCAUCGAACAGCUGAGCACAGAGGCACGCAGCCUGGUGGAGGACAAGAUCGUCGCCCCCCAGAGGUCAGGAGGAGUGGCUGAAAUCAACGACGAGCUGGUGGACGCACUGCAGCAGCUGGUGCUCAAACUCACACAGGUGAAGACAGAGGGGCGUAUCCCUCUGAGGAAAGCCCGGUAUCGUGCUCUGACUCGGCUGUGUGCGGUUCAGGAGGUGAUCGAGGGCAGGACCCAGCAGACCCUCUCUCUGCCUCUGUCUGACGAUACACACGAAGCUGUGCACCGAAUCAACAACAUCAUGGUCAAGGUGAGCGUGGCGAGAGGCCAGUUGGUGGCGCUGUUGAUGGGUCUGAGCGGGCGGGACAGCUGUGCACACCUGUCCCGGAUCCUGACGGAGCUGCAGGUCGAGCUGGAUGCCCUGGACGUGUCUGGGAACAGUGUGGUCAGAAACUACAGGAAGCAGGUGGUGGAGGAGAUCAACGGACUGUUAAAGCAGCUGGACCUGGAGGAGGAGGGAGACGACACGCGCAGAUAUGAUUUGGCUCAGAAUGACUCCAUCCGUGAGAUCGAGGGCGUGCGGGGCCAUGUGUCCCAGCUGAGAGAGGCCGUGCUUCGGAGCUGCUUCAUGGGAGACUUCAGCUUCAGACCCAAAGCUGAGCUCCAGAGUCUGGUGACCCGUCUGGACCAGGUGGACACAGCCAAAAACCCCUGUAUCCGAGAGGCCAGACGCAGAGCAGUGCUGGAGGUGCAGGCCGUCAUCACCUUCCUGGACCUGAGGGAGGCGCUGACUUUUCGACAGCCGUGCCCCGCGGAGCACCCAGCGUACCGCGCCGUGUGGACCGUCCUGGGGAACCUGUCCGAGCUCCAGGCGCAGGUCCUGGGCUUCGAUGGGAAACGGGCCGAUAAGAGCUACCUGAUGCUGGAGGAGCUUCUGACCAAACAGCUCCUGGCCCUUGACGCCGUGGAUCCAGAAGGACACGAACCCACCAAAGUGUCCAGGAAACAGGCCGUGAAGUUUGCCCAGAACAUCCUGAGCUACCUGGACAUGAAGACGGACGAGUGGGAGUACUGAGAGACUAAUGCAAGUGUGUGCAGAGAAAUGAGUCCAAGAAUCACAGAAGGAAGGGUAUUUAAUAAAACAAGCUCCAAAAAGCACCUUUAACUUUUGAGUACAUCAAGUGUUUAGCCCAAGCACAGACGUAGUAAGCAGUGUGAGGGUUAAACCAGCAACCAUCCUCCGCUAUCUGGAAAUGGAAAAGGACACGACAAAUGCAGUGUGUUAGGAGAUAUUGACCUAAACAUCUAAAAAAAAAUGUGAGGAAUUAAUCAAUUUACCCAAUUUAUUCGGCUACCUUAUCUGUUUCCAAUCUGCAGUUAGUUAUAACCCUGCAGACUAUCAACUAGGGAUGGGCAUUCGAUUAAAUUUUCUUAAUCGGUCAUCGGGAGAAUUAACGAUUGAUUAUCAAUUAAUCAUUAACGUUUUUCUAUUAAAAUCAUCAUCAUUACUAUCUGCACUAUUAAUCUGCAUAAAUAAAUUAAUUUUUUUACAUAUAAACCAAAACCACUCUAGAUCCACAUCAGCCCGUUUGACAUUAGAAUGUGUUUAAUGCAGCUUUGUGCAAGUCUCACAGAAACCAAACUUAAAGCCACAUGGCUCAUUUGCAUAAACUAAGCAAAGAAAAAAACAGCUCUUGUGCACUGAUGCAGACAUGACUCAGUGGAAUACAGGUUAGUGUGACCAUAUUUGCAUUUGUCAAAACCAGGACACCGUACGGGGGGAGGGAGGUGGGGCCUCGUCAUCGACAUUGAGCGACUCUCACCUGACAAAGCUUUUUCAUGUUUUUCGGUGUCCUGAUGCUUUGAGGUCCCUGACACCUCCAUUGGACACCGAAACAUAUGUGCCUGUUUUUACACUGUGCACAUGGACUCUCACUUUUCUCGACCGGGACGGAAAGCAUGUUGCAGACUGACCGACUGUUUGUGUCUGCUCGCUCCUUCUGAUGCACAGACGCUACGAGAGACGCUCAGUUUAAUGACCCAAUGAAAGGAAAUGAAAACCCGGACAUUUACAUCACUUUAUUUAACAGGACAGGACGUGGAAAACAGACAUGUCUGGGGAAAAACAGACAUUUGGUCCCCCUACGCUACGCACAGCAACUUACAUUUGGUUUGUCGAUUAAAAAUGAACGUUAUCGACAAAAUUCUUAAUGAUCAGUUAUCGAUUAAUUGACUAAUCAUGCCCAUCCCUAAUAUCAACAUUCACAUAUAUACACUGGUAAGGUAGGUCAGGUGUUUUGCCCAAGGACACAACAACAAGCAGUUUUCAUAGCCCUAACUGGAACUGGAAUGCCCAAUAUUUAUUUCUAAACUGUACAAAUUGAUUUUUCCCUUACUGAUUUUUGAGUUCUUGAUUUUUUUGAUGGAAAUUUUAAGGGGGAUGUGCUGGAAAUUUGGCACAGAAAUUAGACCACAGUGAAAUAAAAAUAGGGAAAUUCUUGUUUUAAGAAGAAAAAAAUCAAACGAGGAACAAAAUGAUCUAAUCUCCUGCUGAAAGAUUCACACUCUGAUUAUUGAGCACAGCGCGGUGUUGGAUUAUAUUAAGUUUGUUUUAUUGAAUACCCCUUUAGUGUCCUCUACACAGUGUAUGUCAUGGCCAGUCCUGUUUUUCCUUACACACCUGCUGAAAAGUCUGGAUCUCAUUUCUCUGAACACAUUCUGAACAAACACUGGUCAUUCCACAGCUUGUAAAUAGACUCCAACUCCCAGAGUGCACUGCAGCAGCCCCGUUUCCUCAUUGACUUUUGUUUGGGAGGAUUUUGUCGCCCUCUACUGUCCGAGUGCUGUGUCUGUCUCCUCUGUGUCCGCUGCCAAAGCUGCACCACGCGCCUGUUUCAAACUCUCAUUCAGAAAAACAACGCCACAAGUCAAUUUUUCUCCCAAUAUGGAGCGUUCCCCGGAGUAUUCCCCAACUUUUUAUUUUGACCUGGUUAGAGACAGACAGAUGCUGCUAGACUUUGAUGAGAAAACGCUGAAAAUAGGACGGAUCACAGUUUAUAACAGUAUUUCAUUACAAUUACAAUCAGCUUUGAGUGGUUCUAAUACACUGAAAAUGAUUUGAAAAGCAAAAUGGUUACAAUGCCUUUCACUAAUCCUGGAUAUAUCUGAUCAAAUAUUGAAAAGUAAAAUGUGUUAGAAAACUUAGAUUUUUUUUUUUUUUAAUUUAGACAAAAAAUCUAAGAAAUCACUGGAUUACAUUUCAGAUUUGACUAAACUUGGGUCCUAAGAAGCAAUGAACAUCCAGUCGAAACAGGAUGAUUCUAAAGGUUUUUUGUGAUCCUGGUUCAGUCCUGGUCUAAUUCAGGUUUAGUCCUGGUUUAGUCCUGGUCUAAUUCAGAUUUAGUCCUGGUUUAGUCUUGGUCUAAUUCAUGUUUAGUCCUGGUUUAGUCCUGGUCUAAUACAGGUUUAGUCCUGGUUUAGUCUUGGUCUAAUACAGGUUUAGUCCUGGUUUAGUCUUGGUCUAAUUCAGGUUUAGUCCUGGUUCAGUCCUGGUCUAGUCCUGGUUUAGUCCUGGUUUAGUCCUGGUUUAGUCCUGGUUUAGUCCUGGUUUAGUCUUGGUUUAGUCUUGGUUUAGUCCUGGUUUAAUCCUGGUUUAGUCCUGCUGGAGAACUGUAUAGGUUAAGCAUUAGUGAAGGGCAUUGUAAUUAACUAAUUUAUUUGAAUCUACAAGGGAAAAAUUACAAGGAAAAAUCAAUUCAGAUUUCAGUUACAUUUUUGUAAUUUCCCCCAGAACCUUCUGUAAAGGACAUGGACCCCUCAUUGGAGCUAAAAAUAUUUCUAAUAUAUGAUUAGAGCAAUCGAUCCCAGGCCUCUGUUGUCUAGAUAAACACACUUUUCUAUUUUGUAUUGUCCAAAAUUCUUACUUUAAAUUGCAUAAAUAAUAUUGGUAGAUAUUUUCAAACCAAUUUUAUCAUAGUUUGAAUUUGGGAUAUCAAGAAAAGGCUGUAUUUUUCUCUACAAUCUCCGUGCGUCACCAGCAACAGCAGUUUGAUAAAAGCAUCGAUUUAAACCCUUAGUGUUAUCUCUCGCUCUCAAAACGUCCGCCAGCAAAACGUCAACAAGACAGUUCCACUGUAACUCCUCGUCCUCUGAAGCCUGGUACACGUGGGACGUGUCUGAAACUAAAAUGGAUCGAACCUUUAAAUUGAAAGUUGUGUAGUUGAAAAUUUUGAGGAAUCCUGCUGCUACUGCCAUUAUUUCAGUUUGAUUUUGAAGCCCCAGAGAAAGAAGUGGACUAUAUACCUUACAGACACUAACGAAGAUGACAUUUAGACUUAUUUUUUUGUUAGAAAUAUUUCCACAAGGUUAUAAGGAGGUAUUUGUGCCUUUAUUUUUGUCAUCUGCUUUCGAUUGUCUAAGUCGUGUUGUGAACAAGUGUGUGUGCAAAGUAUCUACACAGGAAACCAUCGUGGACUGAAAAAAAGCAUUUGGAACCAAAAUUGGACUUCAUUUAAAAAUUCUAAACUGAAAUUGAAUUGUUUAGUAUCACUUCGUCGUUAUGCGAUAUACAAGGCAAUCAGUUUCUAGAAUAACUAUUAACUCUUUAACAUUUUUAAAAGAGUAAAUAUGACGGCGCUGUGGUCAGACCUGGUCAAAUCAGACAUGGCGAAAUAUUAAAGGAACGAUGUGUAAAUUUUCUGCAGGGAUUCUUCAUGAUGUCUUCAUGGAGAUUACAUUGGUAUGCUGGGAAUGUUCCACAAUAUGGCAUUAAACAUAUGCUUUGAUAGAAAUCAGGGGUGUCAAACUCAUUUUGGUUCGGGGGCUGUAUCCAACCAACUUUGAUCCCGAAAGGGACCGGAUCAGUAAAACUCAUGUCAUAUAAACCCCAAAAAUAACAAUAAGUUCAAAUAUUUGUGCAGAGAAACACAAAUCUAUUACAGAAAUCUUUUUGAAUUGAUGAACUCUUUCUUUUACAAAAUAUUAUAAUAUUAUGAACAACCUGAAACUUUAAGAAAAAUACAAUUUCAACACAAUGUUUUAACAUUUUUCUUGUAAAAUCUUGCACUUGGCUCCACUUUUCUCAUGUUGGACAUUUUUCUGAUGAGGGUGUCACGGUCAACAGUCAAAACGAUCGUCCUUUAAGAGCGUUUGGAAAGAGACAAGUCUUCAUUUGUGCUGCUCUGGUGGGAGGGGCCACGUACAGAGACGCUGGAGACACUGCUGUGAUAAACACCACAGAAAAUUAACAAUAUUUUAAUAGAAAAUAUAAUUACAAUAUUUUAGUAGAAAAUCAGCUGAGGGCCAGAUUAAAGGUCUUGGAGGGCCGGAUCUGGCCCCCGGGCCGUAUGUUUGACACCCGUGAUAUAAAUGAUAGCAACUUGUAUGUGUUUUUAUAACAAAAAAAAAUCUUGAAAAACACGUAUUCUUAAAGUAAGAUCCAGGGUCAUGGAAAUCUUGGAAAUGUCAUGGAAAUUGAAAACGUCAUUUUCCUGGCCUGGAAAAGUCAUGGAAUUUGAGUAUCUCUUUCACGCAACUCCAGUGUUCUGUUAAGUUCUCAUUAGACUGUUCUGAUUAUUUCUGAACGUCUGCGCCUUUUGUUUAAAAGAGAGGACAAUAAAUGCACUGACAGGAUUUGUCAGUCAUGUUCAAAACUAUAAUCCCUAAAAAUGAAAGAGUUCACAUUUCAUAUUUAGCUCUAAAAGUCUGAUCUAUUCUACACAAGUCAUGGAAAAUUCACUUUAGGUCAUGAUCAUCAGUUUGGAAAUUGUGUCAGUGAAUAAGAGGGGGAACCCUGAAAAUAAGUUUAAUGUCAUACUGUGGAACUUUCAAGGCAAAGCAAUGACAUCUCCAUGGAGACAAGAAUCAAAAAUGUUUCACAGUGCAACUUUAGCCCUAUUGAACACUGAAGGCAAUAUUUAAAGAUGCAUUAUGUAACUUUUCUGGCAGAGGAUUUGUCAAAUGCUUUUCUCCAUGGAGAUGUUAUCGCUUUGUCUGGAAUGUUUCAGAGUAUUACUUUAAACCUUUCUAUCUCCAUGGAGACUAAACCAGACCAAGUUACAAGUCAGAUCUGUGGAGAGGCGACCCCGCUCAUUCAGAAUGUUUUUCUAGGUGUUUUUGAGCUUUAAAACCGCCUAUAGUUGAAUAAAUGUAAAGUAGAACUGUUUAAUGUCACACUGUGGAACAUUCCAGGUAGAGCAAUGCCAUCUCCAUAGAAACAAGAAGGUGACAGACCCUCCAACCAAAAAGUUACAUAGUGCAGCUUUAAGCAACUAUCAGAAUGCUUCUAAAAUCUUGAAAAUUCUGUGAAAAAAAUUCAACUUUCAUUGUCUUAUCGAAAAUGGGUAAAGAUUUGAUCAUCUCAUUUGGUGAAAUUGCAUUUUUAAAGUCCAUAUGCUCCUGUGGAUAACUCUAAAAACAAAACUUCUAUGUCUGUUCAGUUAGGAAGCGCUAUGCCAUAUACACACAUUUAGUUUGUAGUUUUUACCAAGUCUUUAAUUGCACUAAUUCUCAAAAAUGACACGUUUUUGGAGUCAGUAUUAAACACACUGGUUAAGAUGAACAUUUGGACAAUAACUUAAACCUAAAACUGGUGCAAAAAGUAUCUCCAAAACAGCCCCGGACAGACGUUAUACUUUUAACAUUACAUUUUUGAAACCGUGGUGUAAGAUAAGAUUUUUAAUUCUAUAAAGUGCAUUUCAGCUUCCACGCGUUGAUUAAAAAAAAGCAUAAAGGACGGAUGAAGUCAGUGUUUGAAAGAAUCUGGGUGAAAUUCGAAUGGAAAUUUUGUCUCACUUUGCAUAUUUUGGUUUCAUACAUUUCAGUGGAUGAAUCUGAUUAAGCAGAAAUGGAAACAAAAUUGAACAGAAUUGAAGUGAAAAAUUAAGGACACAAUAGUCAUUUAAAAACUUAUAAUUUUGUCUAACUGUUCAACUGCAUUAUAGAGGAGGGAGACAUUAAAGGACCUGAUUUUUACAGUCUUAAAACAGAAAAAAAAAAAACAUCUGAGGAGCAUCUGAGGAGCUGUUGUGGACAUGUUGUGUGUCAUUACGGAACAUUUUCACCCACAAAUUUAGAGUCAGUACGAUACAUUCUCUCUCAGACCCACACAUAUGAAGAGCCAUUACGAGAUAUUUUCACUCACAGAUGUAAAGAGUCAUUACUAGAGGUGUAACGAUAUCCAAGUCUCACGAUACGAUAUCGUCACAGUAUGAACCUCACAGUACCAUAUUUAUUGUGAUAUCAUGGGAAAGCUCACGAUUAAGGAUGUAACAAUAUCCAAAUCUCUUUAUACAAUAGUUUCACGAUAUACAACUCACAGUACGAUAUUUAUUGUGAUAUUUUUUGGAAGCAAACAAACUGUUAAUAUUCUCCUUUUUCCUCUUAAAAUGUCUUGACAGAACUUAAUCCAAAGAACUAAGACUUAAAAGUGUUAGACCUGUUAUUUCUUCCUAUAGUUUGCACUGAAAUGGAGCAAAGGAUCAUGGUCUAUGUAGUUCCCUCUGUCUUUUUUCCAGUUGCUGCACCAUAACUCUUCAUUUAACCCAGGGGUGUCCAAACUUUUUUCAUCAAGGGCCACAUAUCUAAACACAGACGAAGCAGAGGGUUGAUCGAGGGCUGUAGACUGGUGCACAAUACAGGGAAUAAUUAAAAUAUGUGCAUGUUGAACACGUUAGAAUGAGCCAUCAGUCUUUAUUCAUAUUAAGAACUUUAAAACCACACACUAAAUAUUAAAUAUGAGCUUUAUCAAGGUAGAUUUUCAAACAAAUGUGCAGUAAAAAGUAAAUUUUUAAUCGAUGCAAGGUCAUUUGGGCCAAUUCACUUGGAAGCCUGAGGGCCAUAGUUUGGACAUGCCUGAUUUAAGCAAAGAGAUCAAUUCUGAUGGUCCAUGAUAUCACUGUGAGAACUUUGACAAUACGAUAUCAUGAUAUUUUGGUUAUUGUUACAUCCCUAGUGAUUACAGAACAUUUUCACACACAAAUUUAAAGGGUCAUUACGGAAUAUUCUCUCUCAGACCCACAGACAUAGAGUCAUUACGGAACAUUUUCACACUCGGACGCACAAACAAGUAAAGAGUCCAGUUUUUUUGAGUAGGAUUUCAACAUUUAAGUGGAUAAGUUGAGAACAGCAUUUUUUUAUGUUGACUUUAUGUUGCAUUAGAAACGAUCCAAAAUAGUUUGCAGUGGUCCAAAGUUUUUCCUUUCUUACUUUAUGUUCUGAAAUAUGAUUCUUGUAUUAGUUUCUCAGUUCAGAUUUCUGAUUUUUUUAACAAAAUGUGAACUUUGAACAGAAUCUUAGUAGUGAAACAUAAAUCGUGUCAAAAAAUAUCACAAUUUUUUCCGAAUUAUUCAACCCAAACAGACAACAAAAGUACAAUUUCAGUAUUUCCAGUAUUAUCUUAUGUUCUGUCAUCCACCUCUACUCGUUGCAGAUUGUAAUUACUGAAUGAAUUGCAUCACGUUCGUCGAAAUGGGAACUAACUAAACUCAAAACUAAAAGUUCCAACUAAAUUUGUGUGUAAAUAGUUGAGAUUUGAGAAACCACGCUUAUGUUUAUCUAAAAUAUGCAAGUUGAGACGCCACAAAAACCUGCCUCUUAUUGUAACACGCAUUUGUACACAGAAUAUUUACAAUUUUUGAUCCUAGACUUUUGUAAGAAAACGGGAGCAGACCAGCAGUGUUACAGACCCCUCAGUCCUUUUUAAAAUCUCGAAAAAUGAUCAAAAAAAUCUUCACGUUUUUUGGUUUUUCUCACGUUUUGUUCCUCCAGCUCUAUCUCUGAAUGUAGUUUUUGAAUGUUCUGUCACGUUUUUGCUUGCACCAAAGUUUUAUUUUAUUUAUUUAAAAGUUAAAGUUUGUAGAGAAGAUGGAUUUAAGACUGAGAUAUCUGGGAUUGUGUUUUUGGAGAAUGCAAAAUGUAUAAAAGUUAAAAGUUGUUGGUAUGUAAGGAAGCUGAGGAGGGCCAUACAGUUUAGAUUUACUUAAAGGUGCAUUGUGUAACUUUUCUGGUGGAGGGUUCGUCAAAUGCUUUUCUCAGUGGAGAUGUUAUUACUUUGUCUGGAAUGUUUCAGAGUAUGGCAUUAAACCUUUCUAUCUUCAUGGAAACUAAACCAGACCAAGUUACAGGUCAGAUCUUGUCUUGAUCUUAUUUUGAGCUUUAAAACCACCUCUGAUUGAAUAAAAGUAGAUCCGUUUAAUGUCAUACUGCGGAACAUUCCAGGCAGAGCAAUGACGUAUCCAUAGAAACGAGCAGGUGACGGAACCCCAACCAAAAAAAUUACAUCGUGCACUUUUUAAGAAACGAAACACCACCUAAAAUCUAACUGUGAAUUGAGUUUUAUUUUGAAAUCCUUGAUGUAUUUGUACAUUUAAACAACACUAAUGGAUUAUUUUCAGUAUAGUUUUGAAAUGUUGUCAGUAUGAGGUGGUCAUGGGGUUUUGCAUGUUCUCCCCGUGUCUGGGUGUCCUGCCUGAGACACUGAAGGAAGGGUCAAAUCUGUAUUAUAAGCUCUACUUUUGUUUGUUUACGUCAUGUUUUUUUUUUUUUUUUUUAAUAUAUAUACUUUUCAUUUGUACACUUUAACGUGCAAAUGUGGGAUCUUCUGCCACCUGCUCGUCUCCAUGGAGAAUAUCGACCUCAGGGGUCUUCAACCUUUUACAUGUGCAAAAAGAAAAUGCCAAAGAGCUUCUCAUUUUAGUGGUCACAAGAAACGGCAUAGGAAAGCCUUAGAUGGGGCAAAGUUAGAUAUCUAUAAAAUAUAAACCUUUAUCCAUUUAUUAGUGCACAAAGACAUCAGGAUUAUACAUUUAGAAUGGUGGUUCAUCAAAUCAAUUUGUGUACUUCAGAAAUCCUUUGGUGAGCUACUUAAAAGGGGGUGGAGAGCUACAGGUCGGAGACUCCUGAUCUGUCUAUACUGCAUUGAGUUGCUAUGUUAGAAAGAUGAACCUUGAAAAACAUUAAAUUACUAUCAGCGGGCUUGCCUCUGCACAGAUCCGACCUGUAACUUGGUUUGGCUGUGUCAGCUGUUGUCUGCAGUGACAUAAUUAAGCUUAAUGUCACAUUAUAGAACAUACUAGUCAAAGUAAUAACCUAAAGGAGCAGAUAUUACAAGUCUAGAUUUAAUAAUAAUAAUAAUAUUAUUAUUAUUAUUAAUGUAUCGGUUUUAUACAGCACUUUUGGACACUCAAAGACAUUUUACAGAGCAUUAUUCACUCACUCCAUAUUCGGUGGUGGCAAACUAUUACUGUAACCACAGCUAAGUGCCAAGUGUCUUGCCUAAGCACAUGACGACAGUUUUUGUGACUGUCGCCCCACCGUGGCACCUGAUUUUCCCAGCAGCCUCCUAUCAAAGUCCUAACCAGACCUGGCUUUACUGAACUUCUGAGAUCUGACGAGAUCAGACUUUGAGAAGUCGCUCUGGCCACGAGAUUCUCUUCUGCUUCGUCAUUAUUUCAUAUUAAUCUUAAAUGAAUAAAGCAAAUUAAAACAAUGAAAAUGAAAAGAAAAACAUAAUCCCUUAAUCUCCAUGUGGACAAGCAGGUGUUGGUUCAAAGAAGUUCCACAUUACAUCUUUAAAUCAGUAUUGAACAUUGUGAUGGCGUGGUCCUCCUCAGCUCCUGUUUCGAGUGUGCACUGCUGUAUUUAAUGAAACCGAACGGACAAUUAGAAGUAAACAAAUGCAACAAAUGUGUUUAUAUCUGUAAAUUUUCAACUAAUGCACUUUUAUUUGAGUUUAAAGGUGCAUUAUGUAACUUUUCGGUUAAGGGUCAUGUGACAUUAAACAGCUCUA